GAGACAGGGAAGGGAGGAUACGUCCCAGACUAUGGUGAGAGACAGGGAAGGGAGGAUACGUCCCAGACUAUGGUAAGAGACAGGGAAGGGAGGAUACGUCCCGUACUAUGGUAAGAUACAGGGAGGGGAGGAUACGUCCCAGACUAUGGUAAGAGACAGGGAAGGGAGGAUACGUCCCGUACUAUGGUAAGAUACAGGGAGGGGAGGAUACGUCCCAGACUAUGGUGAGAGACAGGGAGGGAAGGGAGGAUACGUCCCAGACUAUGGUGAGAGACAGGGAAGGGAGGGAGGAUACGUCCCAGACUAUGGUAAGAGACAGGGAAGGGAGGAUACGUCCCAGACUAUGGGAAGAGACAGGGAGGGGAGGAUACGUCCCAGACUUUGGUAAGAAACAGGGAUGGGGGGAUACGUCCCAGACUAUGACCAUGAUCCCAGAGCAGUCUCCCCCUCCUCCUAUCUCGAACCAGAGGAGCCGGGUGUGGCUGCAGUAGAUAAAACACACUCUCUGCCAACGAAGAGCGGAAGGGUGGAUAGAGGAGGAGGACAGAGGGAGAGGGAGAAGAGAAGAAGGCAGAGGAAGGGAGGUAGUCUGGGGGGAAGGAGUAGCAGAGGAGGAGGAGGAGGGCGAGGUACUCCUGACACAGACCUGGAUUGGCCCGAGGAGGAGGAGGCGGAAGAGGAGGAGGAGGAGAGUCAGGUGAUCAGCCACAGAGGUCAGAAGUCAGAGAAUAAGGACAAUGGAAAAUGUUCCCAGAGUUUACCCAAGAACGUACUAAGGAACUCGGACAGACAGGAGGAGGUAGUGGAGACAGUGCCGGAGGUGAAGCACAGCAGGGUCAAACAGAGGUCAAAACAGCUGAGGAGCAGGACAACACAAAGUGAGAGGAGAGAGAGGGUAGAGGAAAUAGAGGAGCUGGACGUACACAUACUUCCCUCAGCCAGUAAAACACAGGCGACGGUAGAAGGUAGGGAAAGGGGGAGGAGGAAGAGGGAUGGACAAAGGGAGAAAGAGAAAGAGAGGGAGAGGGAGGUGAAGACAAAGGCUGCAGGACCGGAAAAAAGAGACAGACCCCCAGAGAAAGAGAGAGAGCGGGCUCCCUUCUCCUUCCUCAUGCCACUGCAGGAUGGAGACGCUGAGCUGUCUAAUGCAGAGUCAGGGGCCUCAGGAGCCUCCGGGGCCAGCUUCUCUGACCAGUUCAGUGUGUCUGCUGCCAGUAUCUCUGGAUCCACCGCCGGGGCCCCACCUGGGUGGGGAGAACCCAGAGAACUGAGAGGGGACCCAUGGAGAACCCAGUCAUGGUGUCGGGCCACCCAUGCAUCCCACAACCCGGGCCCCUGGAGAAGUACACAGUCACGGGGGGCCACCGGCCCCGGCCCCUGGAUUAAACCCAGCCAGCAGAAACUGACUCAGGUGUUGGUGGGACACAGGCUGAGAAGAGGUCUUGACCUGUAGAUGAGAGGAAGAGAGGGACGACUGACUGUUCCUGUGGUGCUGGUUAACAGAAGGAGUGUUGUGGACGACUGACUGUUCCUGUGGUGCUGGUUAACAGAAGGAGUGUUGUGGACGACUGACUGUUCCUGUGGUGCUGGUUAACAGAAGGAGUGUUGUGGACGACUGACUGUUCCUGUGGUGCUGGUUAACAGAAGGAGUGUUGUGGACGACUGACUGUUCCUGUGGUGCUGGUUAACAGAAGGAGUAUUGUGGACUUUCUGAUAACUUUCCCAAAAGCAGAAAUCCUGGUUGGAGGAUUCCCAGAUUUCCUGCUUAUUCCCUCAUAAUUCCAGGGAUCCUCCAACCAAAAUUUUGCAACCCUAGGUGGGACUGGUAGCUACUCCAACCUAUUGUGGUCCUGACUGGUUUGACUGGCAGCUACUCCAACCUAUCGUGGUCCUGACUGGUUUGACUGGCAGCUACUCCAACCUAUCGUGGUCCUGACUGGUUUAACUGGCAGCUACUCCAACCUAUCGUGGUCCUGACUGGUUUGACUGGCAGAUCCUCCAACCUAUCGUGCAUUAGAGCCUAGGACAACAACAAGACAGGCACCCCAAACCCCCGUUAAGCCAUCUCUUGACUAGGACACUCCCCUGUCCACUGCACCCCAAACCCCCGUUAAGCCAUCUCUUGACUAGGACACUCCCCUGUCCACUGCACCCCAAAUCCCUGUUAAGCCAUCUCUCGACUAGGACACUCCCCUGUCCACUGCACCCCAAACCCCCGUUAAGCCAUCUCUCGACUAGGACACUCCCCUGUCCACUGCACCCCAAACCCCCGUUAAGCCUUCUCUCGACUAGGACACUCCCCUGUCCACUGCACCCCAAACCCCCGUUAAGCCAUCUCUCGACUAGGACACUCCCCUGUCCACUGCACCCCAAAUACCCGUUAAGCCAUCUCUCGACUAGGACACUCCCCUGUCCACUGCACCCCAAAUACCCGUUAAGCCAUCUCUCGACUAGGACACUCCCCUGUCCACUGCACCCCAAAUACCCGUUAAGCCAUCUCUCGACUAGGACACUCCCCUGUCCACUGCACCCCAAACACCCGUUAAGCCAUCUCUCGACUAGGACACUCCCCUGUCCACUGCACCCCAAACCCCCGUUAAGCCAUCUCUCGACUAGGACACUCCCCUGUCCACUGCACCCCAAAUACCCGUUAAGCCAUCUCUCGACUAGGUCUCACCAGCCAUGCCCAUAAGUCUACCACUACCACUGUCUAUCUAUCUACAGUUAGUCCACCAUCACCGUCGGUUGUUUACAUCGGAUCUACAUUCUAUAUCAUCAUGAGUGAUAUCAUCUUCAAACAUAAUCAUUGUCAUCAGAAAUGUUUAUUAUUAAAAUGCAAGUGGCAACAACAUCAACAAUUGCAUAUAUCAACCCUCUGUCUACAAACCCACAUGGAGUGUUUUAGCGCCACCUAGAGGCUGUAGUGGUGUACUAUAGAUCGAAGAGAGCAAAGCCACAACUACAGGACACUAUAAUAUAUGAUUUCCUAUUUGUUUUUAUUAUAUAAUUUUAGCAUGCUAUUUUUUAUUUUGAUGAAAUAAAAAAAAAAGAUUACAGAGAUUUAAGAUAAAUGACCCAAGAGAGAAAUGAUUUGCCUCCUGCUUGCUUGCUUGGCCUGGAUUGUAAACUCUCCUUAAAUGCUUUCUUAUAUAGUAUUUUAUAGUUGUUAUAGAUGGCUGGAGAACAGUAAUUAUACUGUUAUAUAAAGUUUUAUAUACUGUAAGUAUAUAUACUAUUAUAUAUAUAUAUAAAUAAUGACUAGUGAUCUAUGUCUCUACAGAUCUGUGCUGGUACCUUCAUUUCUCUAGCCAAGCCGGUGUUUACUAAAUAAAGUAUGGAGAGUGAG